AUGACUGUGUGCUCUUCCCGUUGGCUCUUUCAGGCAUCAUGGUGCGCAUGAAUGUUCUCGCAGAUGCUUUGAAGAUCAUCAACAAUGCAGAAAAGCGAGGAAAACGCCAGGUUCUUAUCAGGCCCUGCUCCAAGGUCAUUCAGCGCUUUUUGAGUGUCAUGAUGAAGCAUGGCUACAUUGGAGAGUUCGAAAUGAUUGAUGAUCACAGAGCUGGAAAAAUUGUUGUUAAUCUCACCGGUAGAUUGAACAAGUGCGGUGUUAUCAGCCCCCGAUUCGACCUCCGGCUUAAGGAUUUGGAGAAGUGGCAGAAUAAUCUCUUGCCUUCUCGACAGUUUGGGUACAUAGUGAUGACCACUUCUGCCGGCAUCAUGGACCAUGAAGAAGCGAGACGAAAACACACUGGUGGAAAAAUCCUUGGAUUCUUUUUCUAAACAUGUAAAAAUUUCUGGAAAUAAACCAUAUUUCACAGGGACA